AUGCUAGAAUCGACAAACGCAUCGUUGUUCAAGGCAGGAGACCUGAUCUUGAUUGACGCGGAGAUCUUCAAGGUCGGUCAAGUCACGGGCAACUCGAUCACAGUGAGUGAGAGGGCACUGGGAGGGACGACAGCAGCACAACAUCUACCGGGAGCAAGUGUGGUGCUCUUCUAUCCCGGUACGGCACUGGAGAAGGCCAUCCCCGCGUCUACCGCAGGAGCGCUGGAAACGGUUUCCGUUGCGUCAGUUUCAGGCUUUAAGGUCGGACAUACGAUCGCCAUCAACGACGAGUUCAUGUUUGUAGCGAGUGUGGACGUGACCAACAAGCAGCUGGGCGUGUACAGAGGCUACUCUCAGUCUGCCGGGACGAAGACACCUGCUCAAGCUGCGGGCUCACUCGUCGGGCUGUACAACCCCACGACAGCAGUCGCAAGAAUCAAGGCAGCCGUGACGGCAGCAGACACGUCGAUCACUGUCUUCACGACGAGAGGCUUCACGGCCAACAUGUACAUCCAGAUCGACGAGGAGAUCAUGAAGAUCACAAGCUUGACCUCCACGUCGUUCACCGUCCUGCGAGGUCAGGCGCAAACGACAGCGGCAGCGCACGUGGUCGGGGCUGAGUACCGGUCUUUGACCCUUGAGACGGUGACUCUGCUGCCGACAGCCCUGGCAUCGCCACUGGCAAAGGAUGAUACGUCGAUGACCGUGAUCUCUUUUGAGGGCAUGAAAGUUGGACUUUACAUGCACAUGUACGAUUAUUCGUACGAUGAUGGUUCCAAUUAUUUUCAUGAGAUCGUUCAGAUCACAUCUAUAACCGGCACGACUGUGGGCAUAGAAAGAGGUCUCUUUGGAACGACAGUUUCGAUACGGGAUCCCUGGCCUGCUCGUACCGUUGUGUCGAUCGCGACAUCUGUGUUUAAAUUGACAUCAGAUUUGACUAAAUGUACUUUACCUUGCAGUAGCACGAUAGAAUCAUCACCCUCAUACCCCUUGGACACAACAAGCCUGGGCCUUGCGAUCGGCGACUACUUGACAUUGUUUUUUGAUUGGUAUGAAAUUCUCAAAGUAACGGAUUUCAACGAAACGUCGAUAACGGUCGAUCGCGGUGUAUUUGGAUCAGGUACAAACAAUUGGAACAAGGGAGAACCAAUUCUCACAAAACUUUCAAGCGCAACAUCGCUUCCUAAAUAUUAUACUGAUGCGUAUGUGGAAACAAAACUUCCCGUCCUACCUCGAUUGCAAGGGGCUGUUGGAAGCGACGCCACCAGUAUCACACUUGCAGACGUUUCUUCCUCUCAAUCUGGUUACUCCAGCAUACCAGGCGGGAGCUACAUUGUCAUUGAUACUGAAGUUCUCUACGUUCCAACUACUCCGACAUCCAGCACGUUUGAGGUUCAGCCUGCAAACAUCACCAACAGGACUGAACAUGCAAAAGAUGCAUAUGUUUUAGUCGUCGGCAAUCCUUCAUACCUCACAGACGCAAUCUCAGAUAAAGCAGACACUAUCAUUUCUGUCAAGGACAAUUCCGGAUUCCAGCCCGGCCAGUAUGUCGUUGUCUACAAUGGAGAGAUGAACGGAAAUAAAAAGGAUUCCCCUGAGCUCAUGCUAAUCAACGAUGUCUUGACCUCAAACCAGCUCAAUGUGACACGAGGAAUUAAUCCGAUUGAAGCACAAUGUUCCGGAUUAUCAUGGUGUUACCAGCCGCGUGCUCAUUCAAGUGGAGAUGUCGUCUUCGUCCACGACAACGUGUACGUCAACUCUCAGACCGGGAUCGCUCCGGGUGACUAUGUUGAGAUGGUAAUCGCGUUUCCAGUUGUACCUGAAAUAGCCCUUGUCACUGCUUCCUCACCCAACCUGCUCAACAUCAAGCAUGGACAGUUCGGCACCUUGUCGUUUUUCCCCUUUAGCCCCUGGGGCGGUUGGAUGUCAGUAGCGUCUCGUUACGGCCUGAGGAGCGCCAUCCUCGUCGCCCCUCUCACCAACAACGCUACGUUCAUCAUCGUCAACGACGCCACCGGCUUGUUUCAGUAUGACGUCAUCGCCAUCGGCCAGGAGCUGCUUCAGAUCACGUCCCUUGCCAACAACCUCGUCGGAGUGACCAGAAGCGUCCAGGGAUCGCUCGCGACCUCCCACGCCCAGGGAUCGUCUGUGACCUACGUGCGCAGCUCGACGACUGCUCUUGCAUCGUCCCCGACUCAGACAGCAGCAGGGCGACGUCUGCUGCAGACCGUGUCUGCCGGCAUCUCGGCUUCCGCUACUCAGAUCGCUGUGUCCGGCACCAUGCCAGCCCAGGGCACAAACAUCCUCGUCGACGACGAGGUCAUGCUGGUGCUGGCAGUGGACAAGACGACCAGCACCAUCACGGUCGCCAGAGCCCAGCAGGGCACCGCCGCAGCCGCUCACAGCGCCAGCGCAGAGAUCGAGCUCUCCAUCGGGGCGCAGUACUUCAUGUCGACCAUCAUCGGGGCGACGGGCGUCCUUCAGUCGAUCUCCGGGAGCAAUGCCGGGCUCUAUGCCCGCCCGUUGAUCACCAACCCAGACACGACCGAUGCUACACCCAUGCUCUACCUCGACGGCCUUGCCGUCAUCCAGAGCCCCGCCAAGCUCCCGAGCGCCCCCGUGCUAUCGCUCAACUACCUGGCGCCUGCCCUGACCUCGUACCCGGGUGCGAUCCCCUCGCUCAUCAUGCCCUCGGUCUCGUACCCUGUCGUCUAUAGCCCCGCCAAGUACAGCUCGGACCCGCUCUACUACCAGGACAGGAUGGACGGGUACGACCUGAUGCGCCCGCGCUCAGCUGUGCUGGAGGGGAGCUCGAAUAAGAUCAAUGGCACCAGCCCGGUCUACGUGCUUGACUCGUUCGGGCAGAUGCUUGGAGACCACGUGACCGGAAGCGAGACUCUCCGCGUCACCCUGCAGGCCCUCGCUACGGCCCUCGCCACUACACCCGUGCUCUCGAGCUCCGUGUCAUCGACGGCCAGAGUGACGGCAUCUUACAGCAUCACCCAGGAGUCGUCAAGCUUAGGGAGCGUGUGGGGAGCACCGUCCAAGGUCUACUCGCCGUUCUUGGGCUACUCGAUUAAGUCGGUGGCGGCAUCGGGAACGAUAUCUCCGGCUGCCCUGUCAAACGCUGUGCUGGACUCGACCUCAACUACCGUGACGCUGUCAGCGUCGGUGACCUUCAUAACGUCAGGCAGCUACAUCCGCAUUGACAACGAGGUCAUGCUGGUGACAGCCGUCGCUGGCUCCUCCCUGACAGUCGUGCGCGGUCAGCGUCAGACGUACGCUACCACACACGCUGCUCAAGCGAGUGUCUACUCGGACUGUGUGGGUCGGCUCUAUGCCGAGCCAAGCCUGGAGGGGGGGGAGCCAGCUGUCCUCGACUUCGAUGGAAAUACAGUGACCGUCGUGUCGGGAGGCAGCGGCUACUUGUCGUCGUCGAAGAUUCAUGCCUGUGGCAGCGCGACGAGGUGUGACUACUCGGUAGCAACCGCCAACACCUGCUCCCUGACCUUCACUGCCUCCCUCGGAUCUGCCGUGCAGGAGGUGUAUCUCAACAACACAGUGGCUGCCAGAGCUCUCGGGGGUCAGCUGAGCGGGCUGACCUCCUCGAGCAGCCGCUUCAUCUUGUGGAAGACGCAGUCAAGGAAGGUCUCUACAACUCUGCCUUCCUCAACCCCUGCCUCCCCCUCCGCUACCACGGCCACCACUACCCCAGCUGGUAGCUCGAUCAACGUCGGCGCCAUUGUCGGCGGGGUCAUCGGGGGCGUUGCCGGCGCGGCUCUUCUGGGCUUCCUGGCGUACAAGCUGCUGGCCCCUGCGACCGUGGUGAAGUCUCCCGUGGAGGAGAUGGUACCGGUGUACCUCCCCCAGACCUACCCUGUUCUCCCUGUAGACUACGCCUCCGCUGCCCCCAUGCCGCUCCAGACACCCGUCUACGGUCAGCAGCCCAUGGCGUACGGCAUGUGA